AAUACAUCAUAAGACUUCUCGUACAGUGAUACUCUCGUUGCUUCUUCGUCUCUCUGGUGAAAAAUAUUGUAUAAUUGCAGUAGCAAACUUUGUGAUAGCGGAUUUCCAGAGCUACACAGUCUUUCCCCUGGAUUUGCAUGAGUAUCUGUUGAUCGUUCUUUCUCUCAGCAGCUGUACGUAGAAGACCAGCAUCAAUUGUUUCUGCCAACAUGAGUGGGGUUCUUCUUCUCUUCUUAGUUACCUGGUGUGAAACAAAAUAAAUUAUUAAACUAAAUAUCUGCUAAUAACAAGGUUGGAUAUUUGUAGCAUAGAAACUACUUUACCCUAAAUAAACUAAAUUGAUCACAAUUCAAUAUAUUUUAAAACCAAACCUGAGAAUGUUGUGCACAUUGCGCUAGUAUUAUACCUAUCAAAAUACCAUACCUUGUCUAGUGAGAACCAUGAGCCGUCUCUUCCACAAAUAAUACAUAUCACUGGGAGUACAUGCGCGUUUCUUUUAGGCAGGGCCUUUAUAUUUAUAGCUUCUGCGACUGAUUGACGUGUAUUAAUUUUUCGCCUUGGUUCUAUUGCCUCCACUUCCACGUGUGAUUCUUCGGUAAAAGUUAUAGUUUUAGUGCUAGUUCCUUCUCCUUUUUCUUCUUUUCUCUGUUAUCUACGGAUCUUCUCUUCAUCACAAAAUCUCUUCCAGCAUUUCAUAUGAUGGUUCCACUCUAAGUUAAUGGUGUCGGAGUUCUAAGUUCUCGAUGUAUGAAUUGACAGAUCCGUCAUCGAUGUUCUCGUACGAUUUCUUAGCUAUUUCAGCUUGUUGACAUUUAAGUUUGGCCCAUUUUGACCUACACUCAAGAAAUUGCUUAAGCCUUUGGCGUGUAACUUUGCAAAGUUGCUCCGUAACGCCAUCAAAAUGCAUAAAACAUGAGGAUAUUCUAGUUUUAUAAAUAUCUUCAGCCAUGCUUAUUUGCACAACUGAGCGUGUUUCCACUUCGAAGCAUGUGCGUUGGUUGUGCGCUGGUUGUGCGCGUGCGCAAUGCGAGUUUGGCUGAGUUGCGCAUGCGUAUUUGCUAUCAAAACAAUGGCGGUUCGAAUAUUUCGAAGCGCGAAAAUAUCAAACUUUGGAGGGAUUUUUCUCCCAAUUGUGCACCUGUUUCGCUUGGGGAGCAACGGAUUCUGAUAAAGUAAGUUUUUAUCUAUUUAUUCAUGUGAAAAUUACGUAGUUCCACGAGGGGUGCAACGGAAUCCGUUUUCUAAGCAUCUUUUGGAUGCUCAUCCCACGGCCUAAAAAGAGUAUUUUGCUUUGAAACAAAGUGCUUUGGAACAAUGCAUGCAUGUGAUAGCCAACAAUUUGUAUAGUAUUACAAAUAUUAGAUAUGCAUGUCAAAUCAUUCAGCUGUUCAAUAAUUUGUUUGACUUAUAUCCACAAUAGAACUGUUAAAUAAUUUUUAUCCCAGCAUAUAUUUUGUCUUCUGUGUAAAGCAAAAUAAAGAAUGAGGAAUAUAUUUUCCACUUUAAAGCGAAUCAACUCAACCGCGCGGAAACUAAUUGUUCUUCUUGAAUAUUCAAAUGGUAAUUGAACAGUUGAACACUUUGAUAUGCAAAUUCUAAUUCUUCCAGUCUUAGAAACAUGUUGUUAAUAGUUCAUUUAUCCACACGUCAUUUGGAUGCGUUGUGCUAGUAAAACUUUCGAAUCGGCUUAUACAGGGGGCAUGCGUGGUAACAUCCUUCAUAAACUGUAUCGUGUACCGUGGCCACAAGAGAACCAGUUAAGAUCUUUCAUACUUAAAACAUUUUACUGCCUUCAUUCCCUCACGACGCAAGAUGGAACAUCUCCAGAAAAAUAUUAGACAGUUGAACGUCGAGUUCAUGGAGAAAAACGUAACUGACCAUAUGUUGAAUAGUAAGAUUUGUCUGUCGUAAAAAGGCUUCUUCCAUGUCAAACGCGACGCAGAAUUAUUCAUAUUAUUUAAAAUUAUUUGAAAACGGUAGCCCUUCACUCUUCAGCGGUAAAAAAACUGAUUUUCAAGUGGCCGUUUAUGAAUACAAACAAUAUAAUCUAUUUACAACAAUUUUAACAAAAGAGAAUUAGGUUAAUUUGGUUGUUGAUGUAUUUCCCUCCAAGUCCUUGUAGUGAUGAUUUAUUAAAGUUUUAAAAGAAUACAAGGAAAGUUGGUCAUAAUUAGCAUAAGCAUACUCUGCCCACCCGCGGGUGAGUAUAUUUCUAACAUAUUUAUGUUUGAAUAAUUAAUAUCGUUUUGGGUUGUGAUUGUCAACCAUCUUGAAUGAAUGUCUUUAUUUUACAUGGUGUCAGGAUCCUUAUGAAUCCGUGCCGAAUUCAAGCCAUCGGGCUUGAAUCUAAAUGAAAAUAGAAAGAAGAUUUCUUUCUAAAUAUAAUAGUUUAGUAAACGGGGGAAAAAACAAUAUAUAAUGGCGAAAUUUAAGACCCCAAAAAUGUCUUGGAUUGCACAAGAUUUAAAUCAAGAAUGGCGUCGAUUCUAUAGGAAAGCAAUGUGUAUUUUCGAAGGUCCGUUACACGAUAAAGAGGACAGCGUUAAAGUCAGCUAUGUAAAGUUGUGGGUAGGCGAUAAAGGACUUGAUGUAUUUGAAGGAGUUACAUUUGACCAACUCGCUGAUGCAAAGAAAUUAGACACAUGUAGCCUACUAAAGAAAUUCGAGGACUAUUGUACUCCACGUAAGAACUAUAUCAUGGCCGCUUUGAAAUUUAAUCAAAGACGUCAAGGAGAUAAUGAGAGUUUUGAGUCUUUCGUAACAGACCUCAGGAUUUUGGUAAAAGAUUGUGGUUAUAAAGACGAGGAACGUGUGCGUUCGUGAUGCGAUCGUUCUUAGUUGUAAACACACAAAGGUUCGUGAGAAGUGUAUCGAUUUGGCCGAUACUUUGACAUUAGAAAAGGCUAUUGAAAUCGCAGGGUUCGUAGUCUCCAAGACCAAAAAAAUUCAAAGACUUUCAAAGAUUUUUUCUGCCUAUUUUCAAAGACUUUUCAAAGACCUUUGAGAGCAAUCAGCUGUCGAACUAGGGAUCCAAGGAUAGUGUAAAGUUUCAAAUUGAAUAAGAUCGGGAAGAACUGCGUAGGGUCUAGCGGGUUAAUAGGUUUGCUCAACAAUUAGGCCAAACAACGUCACAUUAGGCCUUUGUUUUUUGUCUUAGCGUGUUUUGUUUUUUUUGUUUUAUUUGUUUUCAAUAACGGCACUAAUACGAUUUGGCCUAAUUCUUCAUCUAACAUACCAACCCUGCACGUUACUCAAAAAUGUGGAUUAGAACAAGGUUUUUACGAGAAAAACAAUUCAUUGUCACUUCCUUCGCCGUGCCUCGUGGAACUGGUACAAUUUAUUUAUUUAUUGUGAUGCUACACGAGACAACUCGAAAUUUAAAUUCUUUCACCAGCAACCAAAUUUUGUAUAUUCUAAAACUACAAUUGCAUUGGGAGCUGUCGCUGAAAGUAUCCCCAUGAGGCUACUGAUAUACUAAACUUAUUUAAAACUAUCAGCGCCCAUAUUGCACAUUUAACUAUUGUCUCAGUGACACAAUUGAAAUAGCUGUAUAACUACAGUGUGUCCCAAAAAAGUACCCUCUAUAGAAAGUAUCUAUCCUAUUGUUAUAAGGGUACUUUUUUGGGGACACACUGUAGUUAAUAUGACGUUGCAUCCCAUUACAAAAACAUAAAUCCAAAACACAGACACAUAAAAAUGAGGCGAAAAAAUUCAUUUAAAUGACGCAUUUUAUCCCCAUAUCCGUUCCGCACCCGCUCCAUGGAUCCGCUAGGUUCCGCAUCCGCUUCCGCAUUUUAACUUAAUUGUGACAUGUUUCCAUAGUGAUGUUUCUCAAUAACAAGUCUCAAUGACCUUUGACUUUAUAUUCCCAAGGCCAAGAUCAGGUUGGUUUUUUUAUAUGAGUCAUUUUCAGCUUUUCGCAAGUAUUCAAUAAUGUCACUUUAGAUGUCAAUAAUUUCACAGUUACAGCAGAGUUUAUAGCAGUUUUGAUAAAGCUUUGAUACAGAUAGAUUCUCGUAAGAUCUGGUGAUGUUCUCGUUGCAUUUGAAUAUUGCAUUGUGCCAUUGAACACCAGUUUGCACCGUUGUGCCAGACAUGUGAACAAGGCCCGUGACUACACGUUGGAUAGCAAACGCCAUACAAUGAUAUACAAACACUACUUCUGUUUGAUAGUUAUUUAUGCUCUACUGAUCUGAUGCAAUGUUUUGCUCUUCGUACUGAGUGACCUAUUCUGUGGUGUAGCAGUGUUACACCUUUACAUUCGAUGUAUAAUGAAUAUACGACUAAAUAAUAUCGGCACUUAAUUGAAUGCCGGUAUAAAUGCACAACAUCAAUUUAUAUAUUACGUAGCAUCUCAAAGAUUUUAUCAAUAUUCAUCGGUCUGAAAUGUUUAUGUAUUUGAAAACAACGCUGUCUCGCUCCUUCCUAGCUCUGUAUAAUGAAUAUACCGUCAAAAUAAUAUCGGCACUUCGAAGAUUUUCUCAAUAUUUAUAAUUAGGUCUGAAAUGUUUUAUAUACAUUUGGAAAAAAGCACUAUCUAGCUCCUUAAUUCUUAGCUCUGUAUAAUGAAUAUACCGUCUAAGUAAUAUCGGUACUUGACUGAAUGCCCGUAAUGAAUAACAUCAAUUUAUAUAUUGCGUAGACUCUCAAAGAUUUACUCAAUAUUCACAUCUGAAAUGUGUAUACAUUUGAAAACAACACUGUGUCGCUCCUUCCUAGCAUCGUCACGUCAUCGUAGGCAUCUACGGUUUGAUAGCGCAUGCGCAUUUGCGCUGCUAAAGAAAAAUCGAGUGUUCCGGGGUAAAGAUCUUUUACACAACAUGAGAAGCGAAUGUUAUAAAAUUUACAAAAAAUUACAAUAACGACAACCACUCCUCAAAAUUUUUGUGAACUUGGCAAAAGGACAAAAGAAUAUUUAAAUAAGACAACUAAAAUUGCCUAAAUAACCUUCAAAGCACUGACUAAGUACAAUAAAUCACUACGAACAUAUAUCGUAUACACCCCCCGGAAAGUUUACACUAUUAUGCCUGAUCCCUGACUCAUAUGAAUUUUCCCCCACUCAUCACAAUACUUGUCAAGUUUCGAAGAAACUUGACACUAAAAAGUGCAAGUGUAAGCAACAUUUUUACCCAAUAAUUAGUCAAAUCACAUCCUAAAAUGUGCCUUUUCGUCGAUAUUUGCGAAAAUGUUGCUUCAAACAAUCUAUUUUAUUAGCUAGGAAAUCGUAUAAUCAAAUACUCACUAAGAAUUUAAAGACUUUUAAAGACUUUCUUCGCUUGUUCACACAAUUCAAAGACUUUCCAAAGACCUUAAAGACUUGCAUUCAAAUUUAAAGACUUUCAAGGAUUUCAAAGACCGCUACGAACCCUGAAUCGGACGAAGCCAUGAAACCAAUUUAGAUAGCUUAAAGAAGCUCACGAAAGACGAAGAUCCGAUCAUUAACGCCAUUAAACCGGUACAGUACCGUCAGCGAGACCCUCGAAACCGUCGAUACUCAAAUAAAUGGCACACAGAGUGAGAAAACCCGAGUGGUGAAUUGGACAGCAUGUCGAAGGACAGGUGUGGAAGAUGUGGUUUCGAUAAAAAUGACCAGAAAUGCCCAGCAAUGGGUCAACAAUGUAGACGAUGCCAAAAGACGAAUCACUAUGCAAAGGUUUGCCGAGUCAAACCAGUCAACAACGUACAGUUAUAGAGAAAAUAGGACACUAUAGUUCCGAGGACAGUGACUCAUCCUUAUUUGUAUAUGCAAUUGAGUCAACCAUUCCAUCUGAGAAUGAACAAUUUUACGAAAAUGUUGAUGUAGAAAAAAUCAAAGUUAAAUUUCAGUUGGACAGUGGGGAAAAUCUCUUUCAAGACCUAUAACGACCUCAAUUGAGUGUAUAUCUCUCCGCCCACUGAAGAAAACAAAUACUGUUUUGGUUUCUUUUUCCAAGCACAAACUAAAACCAUUCAGAGAAGUUGUGUUAAUUAAAAGUAAAGUAUAAAGACCACACUUGGUUUGCUGAAGAGAGUUUACCAAGUUGUAAGUCAAGAAGCAUCAUUAAAUUAAAUUAAAGAAAGUUGAAUUGGACGAUUAACCUGGUGAUUAUCAUAUCAAACUAAACGAAGGUGCUGGGACGUUUUUAUGGCGACAUUCAAAUCCCUCGGAUCAAUACCCAGUCUCACCGCACCAUUAGUUAGCACGAGUGGAUGAUUGUUCAACCCUUGAUGUGCUAGAGGAUUUUACUGACCGAUCUUUUCAAAAUGCGAAUGUUCUGAUGCGAAAUAAUAAUACUAAUAUAUUUUCUGCACAAACUAUUGACAGCUCUACCCCAGUUCGGCCGCGAGAUGAGGCUAAUUUUGGCAUUACAGAGAAACAAUUUUGCAUGUUUAAGGAUAAGAUUGAGUCAGAUAUUUCAGUCUUGAUAAAUAAACUUUCAGAACAGACUCAAAUUAUAAAUAAAAGUAAACAGGAUAUAUGCAAAUUGUCUGAUGAAAAAUUGAACUUGAAGUCACGCUAUGCUGAAUUAGAAGUCAAAGUGUUCUCUGAGGAUCAAUCGAAUAAUACAAUCGGCUUCAAAGAAAGCAAUGAUGCUGUUGUCAUUAGCAACUAGGAUCACUCACCGUUGUUCAUCACAAUUUAAAAGGAAAUCCACCCGAGAAUAUAAGAAAGAUGUGAGGAUUCGGCAGUCGUACCACGUUAACAAUGUUGAUGAUAAUGUAAUUGACAACCGAGGGCUGUGCAGCACUUGGCCCUUGUGCAACAAAUAACAUCCGGGGACGAACUGCUCCUGUAAACUGUGUACGAAGGAGAGGUGUAAAUUUUAACAAUUUAAUUUCUGUUCAUACUACUAGGAUAACAAACGUGGGUAGGAAUCAAUCUGCAGUUCAAAUCGUUCCUGUGGGAAAUGGUUUUCUUAAAUUUGCCUGUGCUAAUGCCCGCUCUGUUAGAAACAAAGUAGCUGAUGUCGUUGAUCUUGUUGUUGACUCUAAUAUUGAUAUAUGUGUUAUAAUUGAAACGUGGUUAAAGGAUUGCGACUCUGUGACUGUCGCGGGUCUGUUCCCAUCAGGAUAUAGUUUUGAAAAUUCACCUAGAAAGGCUGCGAGGUCUGGCGGUGGUCUAGGACUAAUGUUCAAGAGCAUGAUGAGAACUAAACUGGUUGAUGCUAGUGAGUACAGAUCUUUUGAAUCAUCUGAAUGGAAUAUUACCUCACAGAGUCAUGUUAUCAAAUUGGUUGCUGUUUAUCGUCACUUUAUGUACCUUCUAGCUUGUCCUUUGAGGAAUUUUCCAUCUAUCUCGAAAGCGUUGUAACGUCAACUGAGCUGUUACUUAUUUCGGGCGACUUCAAUAUCCAUCUGAAUUCCGCUGAAGAUAAUAACACUAAGAAGUUCUGUGAUCUCUUGGAAACAUUUGGUCUCAUUCAACAUGUUACUUUUUCCACUCAUAAAUCAGGACAUAUUCUUGAUCUUAUAAUCAAGAGGUCAGUUAAUGACGAGCUAAUAUCCGAAGUCGAACCCACUCUGGCUCUGUUUGAUCAUAUAAUUGUCGAAUGUAAGAAAGUCAUUCCUAGGCCGAAUUUAAUUGUUAAGGAAAUUUGUUCUCGAAAUUUCAAGCAAAUUGACUACCAGGCGUUUAAAAGCGACAUUUCCUCAUCUGACUUGUAUAAUAAAUCUUGGACUAAUAUAGAUGAACUUGAGAACUGUUAUAACGAAUUUUUGUUAGAAAUUCUUGACAAGCAUGCACCUUUAAAGACUAUGAAAAGGACUGAUAGACCCAAGAUACCGUCGUUCACUGAUGACCUUAAAAAGCUCAACGCUGAACGUCGGAAACGAGAAAGGAAAAUGCUUCAAUCUGGACUUAUGGCUGUUAAAGAAGUAUAUCAUAAAAUUAGAGACAGAUACAGUGCUCUUCUUCAGAAAGCAAAGGUCUCCUUCUACACUGAUAUGAUCGACCAAUGUGCAGGAAAUCCUAAGAAAUUAUUUCGUAUUGUCAACUCGCUGUCCAAAAACCAUCAGGAUAAAGCAUUGCCACCUUAUGAAGAUCGGUGCACCUUAGCUGAGCACUUAGGACAAUUUUUCUAUCGUAAGAUUGAACUUAUAAACGAGAAGAUUUUAAAUCAAAUAGAUGCUGUCCCUCUUGUGGUUGAACAUCGCUUUCCGGAAGUGAAGUUUGAAUCGUUCUCUCCGGUGUCGAACUAUCAUGCCAUCUUCGAAUACCUCUUGUCAGCUAGAUCCAAUACCCACUUGGUUGCUAAAGAGUUGCUGUGAUGUUUUGUCUCCUAUUAUCACUCGUAUGAUAAACUUGUCUUUGGUUGAAAGGAUAGUUCUUGAAAUUUGGAAAUCUGCACUUGUAUUGCCCAUGCUUAAGGAGCUCGGUCUGGAUUUACUGUUUGAGAAUUUUAGACAUGUAAGCAAUCUUCCUUUUGUCGCCAAGUUAACUGAAAAGGAAGUGGUGGGUCAAUUGUUAAUCAUUGCAAUGUUAAUGCUCCAUUGCCUGUUAAUCAAUCAGCCUAUCGUCAGUUUCAUUCUACGGAAACUGCCCUUCUCAAAGUACAAAGUGAUAUCCUUAGUAACAUGGAUAAUCAAGAGGUCGUACUACUUGAGAUGCUUGAUCUCAGCGCGGUGUUUGACACCCAUAGACCAUUGGAUUUUGUUGGAUAUUCUCGAAAAAGAUUUUGGUGUGAUUGGUAAUGCUAUGAAAUGGUUCAUGUCCUUUCUCUAUGAAAGAAAACAGCGUGUUGUUAUCGAUCAUUGCAAGUCAUCUGCUUUUGACUUGCCGACUGGUGUUCCCCAAGGCAGUUGCUUGGGUCCCGUCCUAUUCCUGCUUUAUGUUUCAGGCCUGUCUAAGGUUACAGUAUAUCUAAACACCUUCCCAGGGAUCACGCCUUUGCUGAUGAUAUUCGUACCUGGAUGGUUCACCAUCGUCUUUUUAUUCAAAGUAGUAAGACUGAGUUUAUUAUAAUUGGCUCUCGACAACAGCUGAUCAAGCUACCAUUGAUAAACUACGAGUGGGUGACGUGAACGUUUCUCCGGUGAACACAAUCAAUAAUCUUGGGUCAUGGUUCGAUAUGCAUAUGUCGAUGGACAUCCAUGUUGGCAAGGUCUGCAGCUAGACUUUUCGGAGUUUAUAUCAUAUUAAACAGAUUAGAAAGUACUUAACCGAGGAUUCCACGAAAAUCUUGUUUCACGCAUACAUUACGUCCCACAUUGAUUAUUGUAAUUCGCUGCUUUAUGGGAUUCCAAAAUUUCAACUCAAUCGGCUACAAAAAGUACUUAAUGUGGCUGCUCGUGUUGUUUGUCUUAUACCUAAAUUCGAUCACAUUACACCAACAUUGAUGAAACUUCACUGGUUGCCUGCAUUCUUCUUAUCGUUUACAAGGCGCUUCAUGGGUUAGCUCCUAAAUAUAUUUGUGAUUUGUUAACACGUUUCUGUGGAAAUCGCUCCCACUUGACAUUCGUGCUUCGUCUUCGGUCGACUGUUUCAAGAGACAUCUUCAAGCAUUCCUUUUUAGGGAUGCGUACAUUAGUAGUGUUUUUCAUUUAGACAAUUUUUAACUUUCAAUUAACUGUGAUUAAUGUGUAAAUAUAGUCUAAAGUAAUUUUACGAUUUUAUAUCUCACGGUUUGUACCUAUAGCGCUUUAAAACAUUUAUAGUUUAAGAGCUUUAUAACUGAAUUUUAUCAUAUUAUUAUAUUAUAACAGGGCCCGGUGUGGGCUCCUUGUGUUCCUGAUUGAUUUUGACAAGCUUGGUACGGGUUAACGCAGAACACGGAUGCGACGGACUGACGUUAGACAGACGGACGGUAAAUGUGGACGGACGGAUGAGGGUGAAAUGCGGACGGACGGAUGAAUGAAGAUAUGAGAGUGAAUUGCGGAUACGAGAGAGCAUAUCCACAUAACUUAACAUGCCUGUAAGCGUUUGCGUGUCAUGGAAAGAUACCAGUUUGAUACUUUCGAAGAUUGAAUUUAAUUAAACAAUUCUGAGACAUUAGGUCAAUCAAGCAUUUACUUCUGACAUUAGCUCUUUUAAGCUCUCACUGUGAAGUUUUAGUUGCACAAAUAGUAAUAUUAUAAAUAAAUAAGGUGAGUGAAUAAUAUUUAGCCGAAGUUUUAGUAAGCCGCGAAAAGUUUCCAACAAUUUGAGAAAAAUUGAUUCAAAUUAUUUUACGCUCACGUGCAGUUUGCAAUCCGUACAACUGCCGGUCAACGUUUUGAACGAAACCAACAUUUUGCACGCGAAGAGCUGGCGAACGAUAUGCAGAAACGUUUGGUCGAAAAUGCGUGCUUGUAACUAGUUGAAUAAUAUACUACAAUAUGUUAUUCGACAAUGAUUGGUUGAUUUCAGUGCAGUUAAUCCCAAACAUAUAGAGCAAACAUCGGUAACAACAGUGCAAAAUUCUAGCGGCCGCGCUACAUAAAGUAAAAUGAGUUCGGUCGAAAAUAUAAAUACGCGUGGAAGUCUGAGAGAAACGAGAAAUUGCGUGGAAACACGAGCACGAAGUGCGAGUGUUUCCACGCAAUUUCGAGUUUCUCCCAAACUUUCACAAGUGUUUCUAUAACUCUAUAGGAACACGGAAAAAAUGUUUUCUAUUUCCUUUAUUAAAUAGCCUUUUAAAAACAAUAAAAAGAUAAAUUUAUUGAUUUUAAUUAUACAUUCAUUCAAAUAUUAAUUUUAUCUUAAUAUACGUUCGUCUAAAGAAUAAUCAAAGGAUAGCCAAGUAAACAAGUAUAUUGCUGUCAAAACAACAGACAGCACUUUUUGACAGGCUCACUUUAUUAAAGUAUAUAAUUCACUCAACAACGUGAUGCUUGCAAAGGAAGCGCUGUUUUAAAUAGUAAAGUUUAAACAUGAUUAAAAAUGAUAGUAAACAUGAUUAAAAACGUCGCGAUAAAAUAUUUUUUUACAAAGACAAAGUAAAAUUAAAAUAUCUCACCCUGGUAAACAGUCAAACACUGUCAGAUACAACGUAUGCUGUAUUAUACAACGUACUUUGUGCUUUAGGUCUUUGCUUUCUAAGUUAGCAAAGCAUUGCCUUUUUUGUGACGGUUCUUCGGCGUUUUCGGACGUUUUCCAACUUUUUUUUUCAAUAUUAAAUAUUGUUUGUAUUUUGUCUUUCAAACUCCCACGCAAUCCACGCAACCCGCGUGGAAAUUCCCCGUGUUUCUAUCGAGUUAUGAAACACGGGUUUUUUGAGUUUUGACCAAUCAGCGCCCGUGUUUUUAAAAGGUUAUUUUAUAACAGAAAAUACUUUACUUAGAAUAACAAAACUUGCAUGAUUGAGUAAAAUUUUCAAACCGCUUGCCCUAUAAAAUGUGUUAUACUGUAACAAAACAGGACUGCCUCGAACAUUUUUAUAUACAUUAUUAAUCCUUAAUAUGAUGGUUUCUUGUGAACUAGCAAAACUUACAUAUUUGAGUCAAGCCUAAGCAGGAAAACUUCGUCAGUGCGGGACUGUUCGCUUAUUACGUACAGUAAGUCAAAACUACAAUUGUCUCGAACAUUUUUAUGUAUAUUUAUUAUUAAUACGUAAUAGGAUGGUAAUGGUUUGUCGUAAAAUUUGGAUAAAACAAGAACUCGUGAGUUUUUCAAAUACGUCAUCAACAUUCGUACUUCAGACACGUGCAUUUUGAUGCCCUUUGAAAAACUCACUCGUGCAUUGCACUAAAGACCAUAUUAUUACAGUAUAUAUACAGUAUACGAAAUGAGAUCUAUUAUUAAAGUAAAGCCGUUGACAAGUCGCUAGAGUUUGCGUUUUGGUCGUUAAACGCUUAUUAGUUAAACGUUUGGCGACUAAAGCUUUUCUACUCAUCCAAACGCAACUGGUAUUCUAACGCCUGCCUAGUCAUAUAUCUGUAAUUACAGAAACGCUUACUGUCGCUUAUAUUCCUUUCUUUUUACUAUUUUCCCUUUGCUUUUGUAAAUUUUCACGAUGUCUGCACUUUCUACAAUGUCCCUGAGGAGAAGCAAACAACUCGCAAUUUCUAGAAAAUACCUUUCUACAUUCGGUGGUUGUUCCUGCGGAAUUGUGCUCUAUAAAAUCGCCUACAAUUGCCAAGGGAUCCAAUGAUGUAAUAUCCUCUUUCUCCUCUGUUAAAAUGUAGCCUGUACAUAUCGGGCUCUUUUCAAUAAAUUGGAUCGUAAUUGGUACUUUUUCUGAAAUUGUCAAGUCUUUAAGGACAUUAUCAAAGUCCAACACAUCGUUUAAAUUAACCAUAAUCCCAUGUGAACGGAGCACAAACGACACCUUGUUUAAAUCUGCAUGAUCAACGGAAACCAAUAGAUCUACACAGCCCCGCUGAUUACAAAAUUCCCAUCUUUCCAUUCUCACAAAGCUUAUGCGACGAGGAGAGUCAGUAACAAUAACCCAAUUGGAAGGUAUUGUAUCCUUCAAACUUGGCAAUCCGCUCACUUGCGCUUCGUUCUCUUCCCGUGUGUACUGCCGAGAAUCAUUGUUAGAAGAUUGUCUUAGGCCUUUUCGUCUCAGAUUUCUAUAGCAACUAAUUUGUUCAGUUCUCCCACCCUUUCUACCAUUACAUAUAUCCGUACCAAACACAGCCUCCACAGCUUUAUAAAGCAUGGCCUUCGAAGGUUCGUCGCAUGCAAGGUCCUGUUUAUCUUUAAGUGAAUGUAGGUAAAUAUCAUCUUUUAAGGUGAAAGAAGAAGCUUUGCAUUCGUAAUUCAACAGCACCCUAAAAAGUAUGAAAUCAUUGGUAAAGAUAUAACCUAAAAAUAUCCUCACACCUAAAAAAACUGAUCUGUAGUAGGGUAACAAAUAACUUAAAAUUAUCUAUUGUAAAAGCACACUACAAAAUUUUUGGAGGUAUUUCCCCUAAUAAAGUCAACUGUCUACUGCUACUUUCAUUUUAAGGGAUAUGGCAAAAAAUUUAGUUUGUCUCAUUUGAAAGAGCUUUAAAAAUUAUAUCGAAAACAGCUACUUCAAAUGUCGCUUAUAGCUCUCGAAAUAUUUUGGCCACAAACAUCAUAAAUCAGUGAGCCAUCUCGGAUUAUUGUGGAUAUUCACGUUACGUUACGCAAAUAUUUUACUCAGAUAUGCAAUGGUCAUCAUGAACCCAAAAUUAUACUUCGGUCACCAUUUCGAAUAACUAUGCAGUUGUUUGAUAACGUUUUAAGAAACUCAAUCUAUACUAAUUGUUAUUAGGUUGCAUAGGAGUGGCUUUAUAUGGCUAACUCUGCUUUUGACCUGAACAAAACCACCGUUAGAGAGAUAAAAAUUGUUCGUAUUUCAAAAAUAAAACGAACGCGUCAAUCUCUGGAGGUAACUAUAUAAAAGGUAUAUAAAUAUAACAAGAAUAAACCUGAAUCCGAGGUCAAAGAUAAACUGAAAUUGUCGUGCGUACUUGAAACUGUAGACUCGAACUCACGAUGCUGCACCUUUAAAGCCCGUUCUCAACUAGGCGAAUUUGUUCGCGCGAACAGUAAAAAAGUAGCAAUUGAUCCAUUAAAAAGUAGGAACUGAUUUCGCGUCGCGCGAAAAAAUACGCCUAGUGGAGAACGUGCUUAAAGAGGAAUGAGCGUGCCAUGCAAGCUCGCAUGUCCAGAAAUCACGGACAUCAGAACACUCUACUUCCUUAUUAAUUUGCAUAUCACAUUAAAAUAUGACUUCAAUUGUAAAUAGUAAAUUGUACUAUUUUCGCAAUGUAAUAAAUCACAAAAUGUAAGAAUAAUCCCCGAGCCGACGGCGCGAAGCGCCGUGCGAGGGUACUAAUUCCGCCCGGCUAUUUACACCCGGGCAAAGGAACGCACUAGCGAAGUCUAAAGUUCAUCAAAUAUCGUGGGCGCAGAUGGCUCACCGUUCAUGGGUAGUCAUCCUCACUGACCUCAAAAUAUGUAGCGGACUGUCGUGAAUAGUGAACACUGACUGGUCAAAUUUUGAAAUUUGUAUUGUAACGAUUGCAUUGACGACAGCAAAAUAACAAACAUUUCUUGCAAGUUGUAUUUUAAUUUGCAAGAUUUUGUAAAUUUCAAAACCUUUCUGAGAGCCAAAAAACGUGGAAAAACGUCUAAAAGAAUAGAGCAAAGUCGCCGACGUUAAUGAAGGUAAGUUUGUUUUAAAUAUUGAUGUAUGUUUGUUUUAUAAUUGAUAUAUGUAUAACCAUAGGCUACCCAAAAAUCCGUGUUAAAAUUUUUACCCUCGCGCAUGGCGCUCGGGCAUGCAUCGAGUCUACUCAGUUUAUUAUUAUGACUAUUAUUAUUAUUGUCAUAAUAAUAAACUGAGUAGACUCGAUGCAUGCCCGAGCGCCAUGCGCGAGGGUAAAAAUUUUAACACGGAUUUUUGGGCAGCCUAUGGUAUAACUGAUAGUGGUGGGCGAUACUGCGAAUAUCGAACUGAUACUAUCAUUGCGUAUAUAUAAGUGAAGAAAGACAGCAUAUCAUUUCAGUGUAGUUUUAUUAAUUACCCUUUCUUUUGUAUAUUAAAGUAUUUAAAUAAAGAGGAAAGCAAAGUUAUUUUCAUGCGAGAAUUUGAAAUCAGUUUAUUUCAAACUCAAUGUUUACCGAUAAUUCGAUAAAAGGCCGUUUAGUUUUAAGAAGAUUUUAACAAACGUUUUGCGAAGCGUUUGUAGUUGAAUUUUACAUUAAAUUGAAGCUUAUAUUACGUAUAAUAACAUACCUAUAGCAUAUAUAUGUUUGGGAAAUUGAUAAUUUUGUUAUUAAAAGUGAUAUUUUGGGAGGAUUUUUCAAUUUUAAAACUAUUCUUAAAAUAUCGUGUUACCAUGACAACUUUUUGUCACUAAGGCGAGGGUUUCUGCAUGCAUGUAUUUUCUAGUGUAUAUAUUUAUAUAGGUUGUUUGUAACAUGUCGCGAUCGCUGGAAACACAACAAAACAAAGUCUGUCGAAGCAUUUAGUGUGAUACUAAGACAGCUGCGGAUUGAGAGAGAUGCACAAUGUCAUCUCUAUGUACCUGAUAAAUACAAGCGCAACCUCGAAAUUUUCUUGAAUUUUUUCAGGUAGUUCUUUUCUCUCUCAAUCCGCAUGCAACUAUAUCUUGUUUUCGUCAAGGCCGGCGAGAGGCAAUAUAGAAAAGCAGGAUGCGUGGGAUCCAACGAAACAAGUAACCCAACAUCAAUUGUCAUGUAAGCAUUUCAUAAUAACUACCUCGGAUUGCGAACAUCAGAACAGAUGAAAAAUGCGUUAAUUACGAAACCAAAAUGAAUGUGUUUUGUGAUUGGUACAUGUAGCUUAAUGGCAUACAGUUUCGUAUGCACAAACAUUAAUGUUAUAUAUACGGCAGUGAUAUAUAUAGGUAGGAUUGUUAUACGAUUAGGUUUACGAUUAGCAUUAAUCUAUAUAGCGCAAAUUUACAUGUGGGUAUGAUCAAAUGCGCUUUACAUCAAGUAUUAUACGAUUACCAAAUUACAUACAGUACUUAGCCUAGAUUAUUUUAUUUUUACAACUUACAAUUGUGAUAUUACUUUCUUAACUGUGUUUAUCCUAACCCACCCUGUCAACUUUCCCUGUGGGAAGAAACCGGAGCACCCGGAGAAAACCCACGAUUUCGGCAAAGCGUUGACGGACUCUUUUUACAUGAGUCCGUAGCGAGAAUCGAACCCACGAACUUAGAGGGGAAAGGCGCUUGCCCUGACGACUGUGCCACCGAAGCCCCACUUAGAAAAAAAGUGUUUGCGUUAUUAAAUAUAUGACAUAAGAAAAGAUACCUGUAUGAGUGAAGAGGUUUUUCGAGAUUGAUUUAUGAUAAAAAAAACUAGAUUAACCAAAAAUAUUUAUUCCUUACAAUGCUGAAUAUACGAUAUGUUAAUUUUGAAGUGGCUAUACAGUCAUGUAGCCAUUUUAAUUACGCUUUAAUUGAAUCUCCCGGAAUACAGUAUAUAAACGCUUAUAUGCAAUAAUGUUUACUGUUUACGGUUUUACUGUUAGAUAUAUCUUAAUAAAACAUUCUUAUAAACCACGACGUUACAUGGUGUCAGGAGUGGGAUCUCCUUCAUCAAAGCUUAGUCAAGCUUUAAGCUUUUGACGAGGGAAAUAUAAUUGAAUUGAAGUAAACAGAAACAAGUGAAGCGAAACCGUCGAAAUAUGUCAACUGCAGACAAGAAUAGCGACGAGUGUAAAAUGGCAGAUAUAAACUUUCAAGCCAGACUAUCGCCACCGUCAAGACUCGAACUAACUGGUAACCUAGCUGUGAACUGGAAGAGGUUUCAGAGAUCGUGGAAGAACUACGAAAUCGGAUCACAACUAAAAGAAUUAAGUUUGGAGAUGCGAACGGCAACGCUAUUAACAUGUAUUGGACCGGACGCUUUAGAUAUACUCGAGGGACUCGAUUUCGAAGAGGAGUCACAAAGAAAUAACAUUGACAUUGUCAUGGAAAAGCUCGAAGAAUAUUGUGUGGGCGAAACGAACGAGAUAUACGAACGAUAUUGCUUUAACAAGCGGGAUCAGGAAAUUAACGAAACAGUUGAACUCUACGUUACGGUCCUUCGAAAGUUGGCAAAGACAUGCAAUUUUGGGACUCUUGAAAACAGUUUGAUAAGAGACCGACUCGUUGUGGGCAUUCGGGACAAUAAUAUACGAAAAAGAUUGCUUCAAGUUUCAAAGUUAACCCUGAAAGAUGCCAUUGACAUAGGUAGAUCAUACGAAAGUACGUGUCUGCAGCUGAAAGCGAUGUCACAAGAAGCAGAAGUUCAUAAAGUUGACAAAGCGAAGCCUGGUUUCGAGCGAUCUCUGAAACGAGUUGGAAGUGAGGUAAGCCGUAAAGUUACAACAUGUAAAUUCUGUGGGAAGUCUCACCCAAUGAACAAACUUAUGUGCCCAGCAUGGGGAAAAAACUGCAACGCAUGUGGCAGAAAGAAUCAUUUUGCUGUGAUGUGUAGUGUAAAGCCACGGGAAAGGCGGGAAUCUCUAAAGUGGGUCGAAGACGUAGAUUCUGAUGAAUAUAUUGCAUGUGUUGAAUUAAAAGAAAGUGUGUGCGCUGUUGAGGUCAGCCAAAACAAAGAUAAAGUGUUUGCUACAAUGUUGUUGAAUGACAAACAUAUUCGUUUUCAGCUAGAUAGUGGGGCAACUGUUAAUGUAAUUUCCCAGAAUGACUACAGUGAAGCGUAUGGCAAGGAGAGCCUAUUGAGUUUAGAAACUACGAACGCAACUUUGGUAAUGUACAAUAAGAGUGAAGAGAAGCCGUUAGGAAAGAAACGGGUGAGAGUGGUAAACCCCAAGAAUGGAAAGAAGUACAGUGUUGAGUUUGUUGUGGUAAAAGGGAGUUGUACCUCACUCCUUGGUGCUAAAGCAAGCCAGCAGAUGGGUCUUUUGUCAGUCAAUAGAAACAAUAUUCAGGCGAUAGAAACUCAAAGUGCAGAGAAAGUCGAAAGCAUCACGAGUUUACACCACAACAUGGGUUUACGAUACAACGCGGUGAUGUCAAAAGAAAGUAUGUUGGGAGAGUUUUCCGAUGUUUUCGCUGGAGAAGGAAAGCUAGAGGGAGAUUUGCAUCUCGAAAUCGACCCAUCCGUAACACCAGUGCAACUACCUACGAGAAGAGUACCACUGGCAGUCAAGGAAAAGUUAAAGACGGAGUUAUCUCGUCUGGAGAAGCUUGGUGUCAUUAAAGCAGUAGAUGUUCCAACAGAUUGGAUCUCAGCAAUGGUGGUGACAAUGAAGAAGGACGGACGAAUCAGAGUAUGCGUUGACCCAAAACCACCGAAUCGAGCACUGAAAAGAAACCAUUACCCGUUACCAACCAUAGAAGAUGUGCUACCACAGCUGGCCAAAGUAAAGUUUUUUACAGUGUUAGAUGCCAAGAAUGGGUUCUGACAUGUCUCUCUGGAUGAAGUGAGCAGUUAUGCUACCACAUUUGGAACACCGUGGGGACGAUAUAGAUGGUUACGAAUGCCAUUUGGUAUCGCACCAGCUCCGGAGGAGUUCCAGAGAAGAAUCGAUCAAGCUCUUGUAGGAUUGAACGGAUGCAAUACCAUCGCUGAUGAUAUCCUCGUAUUUGGAUGUGGAGAGACAUCGGAAGAAGCAUUGGAAGAUCACGAUUUCAAUCUUCGAAAUGUUCUGGAGCGGUGCCGAGAGAAAGCAAUAAAGUUGAAUGGCGCCAAAGUACAAUUCAGGUGUGAAGAUGUGUCAUACAUGGGACACACAUUAACCAAAGAUGGCUUGAAACCAGAUGCAAGCAAAGUUAAAGCAGUGGAGGAAAUGCCACCACCAACUGAUAAAAAGGGGGUACAACGUCUGUUGGGAAUGACCAACUAUCUGCAAAGAUAUGCCCCAAAGCUGGCAGAAGUUACAAAUCCUCUGCGCCAGCUGACAAAGAAAGAGAGCGACUUAAUUUGGGAAGAAUCUGUUCAUGGGCGAGCACUGGCGGAGAUAAAAAGAAUGUUGACAACGGUACCAGUUCUGAAAUAUUUUGAUCCAACGAUGACGCCAGUCCUACAAUGCGAUGCUUCAAUGCAUGGGCUUGGUGUUUGCUUGAUGCAAGACGGACAGCCUGUGGCAUAUGCUUCUCGAUCGCUGACCGACACUGAAGUCAAUUAUGCUCAGAUUGAAAACGAGCUUUUAGCCAUUGUAUACGGCAUGGAAAAGUUCGAGACGUACGUAUACGGUCGAAAGGUGUUGGUCGAAUCGGAUCAUAAACCGUUGGAAACGAUAUUCAAGAAAAGUCUUCUGUCUGCCCCCAAACGUCUUCAGCGAAUGUUGUUAAGGCUUCAAAGAUACGAGUUCGACGUCACGUACGUGAAAGGAACGCAACUUAUCAUGGCGGAUGCAUUGAGUAGGGCUUUUCUCUCGCAUCCAGAAAUAAUGCGUGAUGGGGAGCAGGGUCCGCAAGUACUCGCAGUUGACGAUGUCGUAGUCGAAGAUGUUAGAUCUCCCACUGAGAUUGCAACCGAACAGGUCAACAUGCUUCAGUAUCUGCCUGUCAAAGAAGAAACCCUUCAGAGAAUUAAAACAAGUACACGUGAAGACCCCGAGCUUAAGAUUCUGGAGCAAGUGAUCAAGCAAGGUUGGCCGGAGUCAAAGAAGGAAGUUCCAGCACAGGCUUUGAAGUAUGUAGCUUUCCGAGAAGAGUUAACAGCGCAAGAUGGAAUCAUUUUCAAGGGAGAACGUGUGGUCGUACCUCGAUCCUUGCGUAAAGAGUUCACAACGAAGGUCCACGUUAGUCACCUGGGGAUUCAAGCAUGUCUCAGACGAGCUCGGGAAGUAUGGUAUUGGCCAAACAUGAAUAAAGAGAUUACAGAGUACAUUUCAAAAUGUCAGACAUGCAAGACAUACUCUCAAGAGCAACAGAAAGAACCCAUGAUUCCAUAUCCAGUACCUUCUAGACCGUGGCAAGUGAUUGGAACUGAUCUGUUUGAAUUCCAAGGAAGAAACUAUCUUGUCACCACAGAUUACUAUUCAAAUUUCUUUGAAGUUGAUAGAUUGUAUAAUACAACAUCAAAAGAAGUUAUUUGUAGAUUGAAGGCUCACCUAGCCAGGCACGGUAUACCAGACAGAAUGGUAAGUGACAAUGGACCUCAGUUUACCUCGGAAGAAUUCAGACAAUUCGCCGAUGCUUAUGAGUUUCAACAUGGUACGAGUUCGCCUGAUUAUCCACAGUCGAAUGGAAAGUCUGAGAACGCUGUAAAAACUGCAAAACGAAUAAUGGAGAAGGCGUUGGCAGUUGGAGCAGAUCCCUACCUAGGAUUCCUGGAUUUCCGAAAUACUCCAACUGAAGGUUUGGAUACGUCACCGGUGCAGCGUCUGUUUGGUCGUCGGACAAAAACACUCCUACCCACAUCCAGUAGAUUACUGUCGAUGAGAAAGGACGAUUCGAGUACGGAGCGAAAGUUGAACGAUAGGAAAAGAAAACAAAUGUUUUACUAUAACAAAGCGUCGAAGAGUUUAAAGCCGUUAAAGGAAGGAGAUACAGUGUUCGUGAGACCGGCGAGGAGAUCGAAAGAGUGGAAGCGAGCUACUGUCAACAAAGCAGUGGGAAUUAGGUCAUAUGGGGUAACUACGGAGCAGGGAAGCAAGAUAAGGAGAAAUCGGAGACAUCUGCGUUUAGCCAGCAAUGAACAGUCUCCGUCAAAUACAGUUAGUGCGAAAGAUAUCGGGGCGUACGUAGAUCCGCCUAGACCAUUGAUAACGGACAGUAAUCAGAGAGAUCAGCCUGAUGUCGGAGAAACGAGAACAACGAUGGACAAUUCAAGACCGUUGACAACCGACAGUAAUCAGAUAGACCAGCCUGAUGUCGGAGAAACGAGAACAGAGAUUGAUGAUUCAAACGACAGUACCCGGGUAUCCCAGUCUAGGAACAGCCAGUCCCCUAUACGGUAUAGUUCGAGAGGGCGUGUUUUAAGAAAACCUGUUUACUUAAAGGAUUAUGACUACUAAAAGAUAGAUGAACUUUUAAUUAAAUUAGUGACUGUUUACUAUUAAGAUUUAUUAAUUAGAACUUGACAAUAACUUGUUGGUGGACUUUAAGAAAUUUAGCUAUCCAAUUGUUAGCACAAAAAAAAAAUAUAGAGUAAAGUGUAGUUAGGAUUUAAUUAUAGGAUUUAUUAAUUAACGAUAUAGUUAAUAUUGUGUAAAAGAAGGGAGAUGUGUCGGUAUUUGUAUUAGCAUUUCACAAGACAAUUAGCAUACCAUAGAAUAUGUAAUUAUGUAUAAAGGGCUGUCUCAUGAUUAAGCCAGCAUCAUUUGGAAUGCAUACUUGUACGAAGAUAGACCGGUUUUACUGUUAGAUAUAUCUUAAUAAAAGAUUCAUAUAAACCACGACGUUACACAAGGUAAAUGUUUUUCGUCUUUGUUUUGUAUUUUUUUACAUUUGUAGCUACGAAAUUGGCGUCCCCAAUUUUUACGAAAUUUGGGAUGCCUUUUUCACUGUUUAGUGCUUGAAAUAUUUGCUAAAAUUGACUGGGAAUACUGAGAGGUUUCAUCGUAGAAUGGCGUAGUUAUAUUCAUUUGCUCUUUGACUAAAAUGUUUAGCUGUAUUAUUGCUAAACAUGCCGUUUUUGAGAAUUUGGUUUGCAACUAGGUUUCAACAUCCAAUCACGCCAUCAGCCCAUUGAAAACAUUAGGUCAGGUCAGCUAGUUUCCUAUCCAUUUAUUUUAUUAUCCAUCGUUUCUUGUGAGCUACGAAUAUUAAGUUACGUUUUUACGCGCUUAAGCAUCUUAACCUGAUUUUUACCCGAAACAACGCCCGCUUUUAGGGGAAAUCACCUAAACUUUUUAAACAUCGUUCAAAAAGCGUUCAGAAAAGUGGUCUAAAUAUAGCGAUUUAUGACGUCAAAAUGCUACAGUCAACUGGGGGUCUUACGUCAAAAUGCUACAGUCAGCGGGGGGACGAGUUACUAAAUUUAGCCUUUUUGCUACAGUCAGAUGAAGCAAACCAAUCACAGCGUUGCAAUGCGCUACAGUCAGCUACAGUUGCGCAAUUCGAUAGGAACUUUAGAGCGAUGUUAUUUGGCUACAUUUGUUUGCGCUUUUACCGAGCCAAUUUCUUUCGAAGAAAAACUAAGUAGACUAAAGCGCUAUGUGAGGAUGCCAUCGGGAGCAAAGUUAAGGCCGAUCGCCUGAAAGAUCGCGUGGUAUUUGUGUGUGAUUUUUCGAAAUUACAAUUCGAAACGGUGAAAGAGCGCGCUCGUUGAACCACGUUCGGGUCAGGUAAGCUUAUGAAUAUUAGAAUAUAUUAAUAAACAGAAUAUAAAUGUAAACGCUCCGUGCCAGUGGUUGGAAAUUGCGCGCCGGAGAUUUCGAAAAUUUAAUAGUAAAUAUAUAGAAAGCAUAAAAAUUGCGCGUCCGAUAUGCAUUGAUUGUAAUUGUGUUUAUAUACGGUUACACAUGUGCGGUAUGAUAUUAAAUUACAUAUUAAUAUGGGGAGGAAGGCUGGUCUUAAACUUGCAUACAGUAAUUAAGAAUGUAGAUCUGGUAUGUUUGGUAUAUCGUUUAACCAUUUUACUGUCUUUACGUGUUUUUGGAACUUUUUGUCUAAAAUAUGGCCGUAUUAAGAUCAAAUUUUAGAACAGAAUUCGUGCUCAGAAUGCAGGAAAUGGUGUUUAAAAUCUUAGUUACUAUUUGAAGCCCGGAAACACCAUUAAAAUCUUAGUUACUAUUUGAAGCCCGGAAACACCAUUUCCAUAAGAAUUCUAAAAAUUUAAAUCUAUGUAUUAAAUCUAUAUACGGUGCUUAUUCAGUUUUGACAUUGCACUGAUUUGCACACUCUUAGUGCACUUCGUUAAAAUCUUUACAAUUUCUAAGUUCAGCUGGUAAUGGUACUCGUAGACUCGCAGUUGCACGCGUUGCCGCGAAGUCGCGGAGUAAUCAGUGCUCUUUGGUAUUCGUAUUACUUCCACGCAAAAAACUAUCGGAAACACCGAUAAAUAAGAUCUAGAAAUUACAAUAACCGACAAAUUGUACUUGGCUGCACUCUCAUGGCUUUUGUGUUUUGGCAAAUAUUUUUUAUAGAGGUCGCGACCUUGCUCACGCCUCAUUGGAUAUUGCUUGUUUUGGUGACUGUUGUGCAACCGUAUAUUAAUAUGUGAAAUACCUGAAUCACAAAACGAAACUAACUUAGCACGAAGGCGUUGUUUGAUAACUUAUAUGUUUGUCUCGCUUCCAAAUUAUGUGACGACGUACAGUGAGUGAUUUCAGGAGAACUAAAAGUCGGUAUUGGACCAUUGGAUUGGGGACUCUAGAAUAAAAAGAUAUGUAAGCAAACAGACGACUUAGAUUUGUGUCUUCUCGAGAAUGGCUUAUUGUCCAACAGAGGAGAAAUAUGGAUACGAGGAUAGUCGUUUUGAGAAAGCUGUCGAUGCCCACUUUCAUUGCUCUAUCUGCUACAAUGUUCUGAAGGAACCAAUGAUGUGUAGAAAUAAUGAGCACGUAUUUUGUCGUGACUGCAUCACUGAACAUUUAACUGUGAACUCGCAUACUUGCCCAGAAUGUAACGAGGACUUGACUGUCGAAACACUUCGUAAAGCGCGUCUGGUGAGCAAUUAUUUAUCUGAGCUUAAGAUAAAGUGCGAUUAUUCUAACCGAGGUUGUCAAGAGUUCGUUCGCUUGGAAGAACUCGAUUGUCACGUCGAGAAUUGUGGUUUUGCGCCGGCGACGUGCUCAAACGAGGAAUGUCAAAUGGUGGUUAAUAAGCGAGAGAUUAUUCAUCACGAAAGCGCAGUUUGUGAGUACAGGAAAGUCAAGUGUCAUAACUGUGUGAAGAUCGAGCAAGAUGUGGAAGAGAUGAAGGAAAAAAUAGAAAAAGAGGUUGGAACAAUGAAAGAACAAGUAGUAAGUUUAAAGUUUUAAAGGUUUUAGCUACGUUUACACGCCGCGAUUAAUUGUGUACGAUUCGUUUUCUGGCGUAUGUCAUUGAGUACGUAAAGCGUAAAGCCCGUUCUCCACUAGGCGAAUUUAUUCGCGCGAACAGAUAAAAAGUAGGAAGCGAUCCUACUUUUUCGCCGCGAAUUUUUUCGCCGACCAAUCACGUUGCCGGAUUUCGGUUUUCGCUUCGCGUCGCGCGAACAAUUUCGCGUAGUGGAGAACGGGCUUAAGCUGGCUACAUUUGAACGGCAAUCAUUAUGGCGCCAGCACUCAUUUUAAUACGCCAGAAUACGAAUCGUACACGACAAAUCGUAGCGUGUAAACGUAGCUGUUCAAAAUGUGCGCGGGAGGGAAUAUGAUAUAGUGCAGUCCAAUGAUUUAUUUUAGUCACUAUUUACACAGAAUUGAGAGAAUGAUUUUGGCAAUGCUAGCGUAGCAAUGCUAUGGUGUGGCAGCGACUGGGCGGCAGUUACGCUCUUUUGGCUGAGUCAGACUUCUGUGUGUCACUAUUAUGUGCCUGGGAAGAGAGAGAGAGAGAAGCACCAGUCAAUGAUUUGCCCCAGGGAGGGGGUAUAGGGCAUACCCUCGGGAUUUAACAUUUUGUAAUGAAAAUAAUAUCCGUGGAGAUGCCUGAUUAUGUCAAAGUAAGUCAAAUUCCCAAGCAUGAAAAAGAUGAGAAAAAUAGAGUACUGAAUUAUUAUAGAGAGCAGUUUAGGUAAACAAUUACACUUGAACAUGGGUUUGACAACUGAUUUUGCCUUUUAUGUGGUAUUUUUAUUACAAAACGCAGGUAGAAUAUCAAUUAAAUAAAGAGAAAAGUAGAUAUAUAAAAUAUGAUAUCUUAAUUCAGCCACAAUGUCCUGUGACAUUUAAAACUUUUCAUGCCCUAUUACAGAAGAUACAAGGUAAGAAUGAUCAAUCUUCCCAAUCCUUGAGACAUAUAAUUGUCAAAAUCCAGACCUACGGAAAGCAGGUGGUAGUGAAAUCCUAUGGGCCGAAUGUCCAAUAUAUACCCCUCCCUCCCCCCCGGCUGGUGCAAACCACUGACUGGUGCAUAAUCCCUUUUAUAUGUUGGUAGACUCAGAUCCAAAUAACGUUUAAAAAGUAGCCGAAAUGUAAAACCAUUUAAAAUGUAAUUUACUUUGUUGUAUAUGAACUUUAAUUUUCAGACCAAAAGGAUUGAUACAAUCGAAGGAGAAAUAGAGCAAGUUAAAGAAAUUGUGGUUCAGAUAUUAGACAAGUUGACAGUCCUAGACAGUCGAAUGGUUUCUUCCAACAAAGUUUCUGAUACAACACGAGAAGAUAUCACCAUAAUCGCAGGGUACGACCGUGAGCUCAACGUGAGAAAAUCCGUGGAAAGGUUUUCAUGGAAGAAAAAUGUUUGGGUAAAGAUUGCAUCCCUAAACAUUGGUCGUGUGUAUGUUACUUCGUUUUUAUUUGGCGAUGAGUUGUAUGUUGUUGGUGGAAGAGAUAGCAGGGCAAUGGAGGCCUUAAAUUUAAAUGAAGCACCUGGAAAAUGGACUUUACUUGCUGCUGAAUUGCCUGCGUCCUACGAAGGCCAUCGCACAUUAGUUUACCAGAAUCGGUUGAUUUUAAUUGGCGGGUCUGCAAUGCCAUUUAUCAUUUACGUCGAUCUCAUCUCAGAAAUACUUCUUACUCCGCCUUACACUAGCAAGGUGUUGUGUCGCAUGCCUCAGCCAAGAAAAUAUUUUGGCGCGGAGUUAUUUGAAGACAGAGUCUUGAUUUUUGGAGGAAGGAUUCGCGGUGAUUAUAAUAGUUCGCUUAAUAGUGUCUUAGAGUUUGAUUUGAAUACGAAUGAAUGCAGAAAUCUGCCUUGUUUGCCGCAUGCCAUAUCAGGAUUGGCAACGGUUCGUUGGGGAGAUAAGGUUGUCUUAAUUGGAGGUCGAGACAAUGAAGCCAAAGUUCUCAAUCAAGUUCUCAUGUACGAUUCUACAACUGGGAAAAUUGACGUUUUGCCAUCAAUGCUAGAAGCAAGAGUUUCACCAUGUGCAGUUAUCACUGGAAAUAUGAUUGUCGUGAUGGGUGGAGCAAGUAUGGAACGUAUGGAUCUUGCCUCCGUAGAAGGUUUUGUUCUGGGAGGUUAUACAUGGCAAUAUCUUCCUAGUCUGAAUGAAGGCAGAAGUGGUGCCACUGCAGAACUUGUACCAGCCAAAUUCAACAAAAGUUGGCCGUGAUGAGUGUCAGAUAACAGUUUGCACAGAACGUUGAAAACCUUUUUCAAACUUAUAACAACAGCUAUAAGCAAGAAGGGCAAACACUUCCUAGCUAUAUAAUAGUCUUAAGGACUUGUUAGAACUUGUUUGUUUGAGGCUAAAACAAAUCAACUUUUUCAUGUAUCGUUAGCAUCUUAAAAUUACUAAAUAAUUAUGUAGAAAUAGAGAAAUAAAUAGGAAAAAAUAGUCAGGUCAUACAAAAUGUGAUGUUACACGGGAAAACUUUCAAUGAAGAUUUUUAACGCAACGCGUUACAAAUCCAAAUUUCAUGAACCAUAAUUUGCAUUACAAAUUGUAGUUGAAGAUCGUUCCGUGUAACAUCACCUUAAUUGUGAAUCACGCGCAAUGGGUGAUGGGAAUGUUCUAUUUUUGCGAGUCUUUGUAUAUAGCGGCAAUAUAUGCCAGCGCCAAUAUAUACCAUUCAAAAACUCAUUAAUAAUUCAUGAACCAAUUAUCCAAUCUUGAGUAAGAAAUUAGUCACGUGCAUACGUCUUUAUACCAGCUAAAGAACACUUUAACAAAAGUUGUUAUGCAAACCAUAUAAAGAUUUUUAUAUAAAGAUUUUUAUAUAAAGAUUUGACUUAUUAUGCAUACGUUUUUGAAGCCAUUUAAAAAACUCGCAGGUCGUGUUUUAUUAGGUCUAAAGCCACUCGCGCUGCGCGCUCGUGGCUUUAAACCUAAUAAAACACUCCUGCUCGUUUUUUAAAUAGUACUUUGAAUAUUCGAAUCACAUGUACUAACAACAGACUUCGUACACAAUUUGAUACAUGGAUUUUUAUAUAUACAAAGUAGGUUUUGUAAUAGAAUGAUUAUAUACAAUAACACCAUAGACCAAAUUAGAACGUGAUAUAUAGUGUAUGUCAGUUUAAAACAAAUUCAGUGUUUCUCACAACUUCGUCUAGUCUACUUGUCAUAUAACAUGGCGAAGUGUUAAACCUAAUAAGGGUUUAUUGUGUGUCCGCUAUAGUAUGUGUAUGACACCAUAAUGCCUUUCAUUGUCGAUCUCAGGUCGCUUUUCAAC